CAGGACCCGGAGUGUUAAAUGUCUCGAGAGCCGCCGCUCGAGGUGAGUCACUCUGACGACACAGAGCGUUAACGGUGCACGCCGAUAGAUCACUGUGAUCGAUUAUUGAUUGAUUGAGAGCGGAUUUAUUUGCUGCUGGAUAAAACCUGAAGAUUUAACUUUCACUCGGCGGAACUUUUGGAUUUCACUCCGUUUUUGCACCGGACGACUUUAUCGUUGGAAUCAUAACGGCAGCCAUAAUGCCGCCGGUGUUAACCAUGUCCAGCGGGAACUAUGAUUACGACUACGACUCGGUUCAGCCCUGCUUCUUCCUGGACGGCGAGGAGGAGGACUUCUACCUGCCCCCCCGCAGCCAUCUCCUCCCGGGUCCCGGCGAGGACAUCUGGAAGAAGUUCGAGCUGCUGCCGACGCCCCCCCUGUCCCCCAGCCGCAGUCCCUCCCUGUGCGACGUCCCGCUGUCCGCCGCCGAGCACCUGGAGGCGGUCUCUGAGCUGCUGGACGAGGACUGCAACCCCUCCGCCGCCCUCCUCCAGUCCUUCAUCAUCCAGGACUGCAUGUGGAGCAGCAGCUUCGCCGCCGCCACCAAGCUGGAGCAGGUGGUGUCCGAGAGGCUGGCCUCGCUCCGGGCCCGGCGGGACUCCUCCGCAACCAGCAACACUAACGCAGCGGACGAGCAGGUGUGCAGCUCUCAGGUGAACCCGCGGUACCUGCAGGACCUCCACCCAGCGGCCACUGACUGCAUCGACCCGUCGGUGGUGUUUCCGUACGCCACGCCGAGCGGCGAUGCGGUGGCGUCGGAACUGUGCGUGGACUCGCCGCCUCUCAGCAGCAGUGACAGUGAAUCAGAAGAAGAAGAGGUAGAAGAAGAGGAAGUAGGCGAGGAGGAUGAAGAGGUCGACGUGGUGACGGUGGACAAGCGAAAGUCACCCCGGCGGUCAGACGCCAGCGGCCGACCGAGCGCCUCCUCACUGGUCCUGAAACGCUCUCACAUCAACGUCCAUCAGCACAACUACGCCGCCCUGCAGCCCCCGGCGGCGGCGGCGGGCCACCGACAGCCUGCCGGGAAACGCUUGAAGCAGGAGAACGCCGGCCGCAAGUGCCGGAGCCCGCGGUCCGACGGCGAGGACGGCGGCGACAAACGUUGGACUCACAACGUGCUGGAGAGGCAGCGCAGGAACGAGCUGAAGAUGAGCUUCUUGGCUCUGAGGGACGAGGUCCCGGCGGUCGCCGACAACGAGAAAGCGGCAAAGGUGGUGAUCCUGAAAAAGGCGACGGAGUUCAUCGCAGAGAUCCGAGAGGACGAGAGGAGGCUGCUGACGACGAAGGACGAGCUGAGGAAGAGGAGCAGAGAGCUGAAGCACAGACUGGAGCUGCUGAGGACUUUACAUUAACAUCAGUUUAUUGUUUAUUUUGAGCUGCAGAUAAAAUCAUGUUGUUGUUUGUUGUAUAAAGAAUAAUGUAAACAGGAAGUGGCUGCUGCUCUGUGAUCAGUCCGGUUGUAUUUAUUUUAUUAUUAUUUUAAUUUAAACGUUUUUAUACACAAUUCAGCGUCUGACCAUCAUGAUGAUCAAUAAUCUUAUCUAAUCAAUAAUUAGCAUGGAUUUCUUAUUAUAUUUCAAAUAGUUUAUAUUUUUAUACUUUUUCCUGCAUCAGCGCGACAGGAAGCACUGCAAGCUCUUCAAAAUAAAAGGAGGUCCUGUCAGUGUUA